AUGUCAUCCCUUGCUUUUAGAUCUUUAAGAAAUGGAUUAGGAUUGAAGAGUUCCGUCAGAACUUUAUCCACCACUACUUCUGCAUUGUCCAAGUACGACCAACCAGACUUUAGCAGUUACUUAAACAAUAGAUCUCAAGAAAAGAACCGUAACUUCACUUACUUCAUGGUGGGUUCUAUGGGAUUAUUGGGUACUGUUGGUGCCAAGUCUACCGUUGAAUCUUUCUUGUCUUCUUUAUCCGCAUCUGCCGAUGUUUUAGCUAUGGCUAAGGUUGAAGUCAAGUUGGGUGCUAUUCCAGAAGGUAAGAAUGUUAUUGUGAAGUGGCAAGGUAAGCCAGUUUUCAUCAGACACAGAACACAAGAUGAAAUCGACGAGGCUAAUGAAGUUAAGGUUGCUAAUUUGAGAGAUCCAGAAACCGAUGCUGACCGUGUCAAGAAGCCUGAAUGGUUAGUUAUGUUGGGUAUCUGUACUCAUUUGGGUUGUGUUCCAAUCGGUGAAGCCGGUGAUUUUGGUGGUUGGUUCUGUCCUUGUCAUGGUUCUCACUACGAUAUCUCUGGUAGAAUUAGAAGAGGUCCAGCUCCAUUGAACUUGGAAAUUCCAGCUUACGAUUUCACUGACGACGAAACCUUAAUGGUCGGUUAA